CGUCGACGGCCACGCUCGGCGCCGUUCGAUCUGACGCGCGCGUCGAAAUCUUUCUUUCCGUUCGGAUCGUUGAAUUUCGCUGAUCGUUCCGGAAUCGGUCGCGCUUCCACGCGACGCAGUUAACGGACGAGUCCUCGGUCGCGCAAAGGUAAACUUCGCGUGGAAUCAUUUCGGUCCGCGGAAGCGUCGAAGUUGUGUAAGUGUCGGCUCAUUUUUUACCGGUUGUCGUCUCGUUAUCUGUUCGAUGCGCGUCGCGCACGACGCGCGCGCGCGCGCCAAAUUGUCCGCGCGUGAUCGUGGAAGCUCGAAAACGCUUUCUUCGCGUUCCGCAAACCGGAUACGGAACGCGAGACACAACGCAGCACACACGAAAAGUCACGUAAUGUGUUUACACGCAUCGCGAGCACACGUCCCGGCGACGUGUUCGCAAGUGUUACGUGUAAAAUAAUUAUCGUACGUGUCCCGUUGGUACAUAAAUCGCGCGGUUUUAAACAAUAACGUCCCGAGUGUAAUGACAGUAACUAACGGAGAGGCGUGUGGGAACAUUCCGCGGUUCGCGGUGCCACUUAAUUCGCGGCUGGCGUCCUAAAGAAUCCGAUUCGGAUGGGAAGCGCCUCGUCCGUUGUUUCCGCGCUUCACGUUCACGCGUACCAUUGUAUUAAUUAACGGCCCAUUAGCGAAUCAAGCGGCAACUAUUAAUACCUCAGUGCCGCCGAUACAUCGCCGCUUCGUCGGGCAUCGGUUUAGCCAGCGGAACGUCACGGGAAUGACGUCAUACCGGCGUUCUACUUCGCAGAACAACGAAGAUGAAGAGAUCCUCGCACAACCGCAAAGAGUCCGCCUGAAGCAGAGGCUGCUUCAAACAUCGUCGAACAACGGGCCACGGUCGUCCGUCGACGUUUUCGAAAUGGAGGACGACGCGGAGAGGUCGCCGCUUUUGGAGAGGAAGCUGCGCACCUCUACCAAGCUCGCUUACGCUCUGGGGCACAUCUACAACGACCUCACGGCUGCCAUGUGGUUCUCCUACACCCUCAUCUAUUUCCAGAGGGUCGCGCUGCUCGAGCCGAUCGCGGCCGGCGCACUUCUGCUGUUGGGUCAAAUCGUGGACGCCUUGAUGACGCCGAUCUUCGGGAUUCUGGUCGAUCGAUACUGGAAGAAGAAGACCUGGCACGUCGUCGGCUCCGUCCUGGUCAUCCUCACGUUUCCCGUGAUAUUCGGCGGGUUCGUCGAACCGGCCAGCACCGCUGUCAUGGUCGUUUACGUGACCAGCAUCACCCUCUUCCAAACUGGAUGGGCCGCCGUUCAAAUUUCCCACCUGUCCAUGAUCCCCGCGCUGACCAACUCGCAGCUGGCACGAGCUGACUUGACUGCGAUAAGGUACUCGGCUCAAGUGGGGGCGGCUGUGAUAGCGUUCGUCGUCACGUGGAUAGUUCUGCCGACGAACGAGGAAGUCGUGGUCCGGCUCACCCAAGAGGACAGUUACAGGUUUAGGAACAUCGUGUUGAUGUUGACUCUCAUCGGGCUGAUCACCAGCGUGCUCUUCCACGUGUUCCUGAAAGGACACCUUUUAGAGAAUCCCCAACGGCAGAAAGCAGCAGAGGAAUCCCAACGGUUGAUCGACAAUUCUCCGCAGAGAAGCUCGUGGUUCAAUACGACGGUUUUGCUGAGGGUGGCGAUGCUGUACGUGGCAAGCAGACUCUUCGUUACUUUGGCCACCGUGUACCUGCCGCUGUACAUAGAAGAAGCGGACAUCGACGGGAAAGAGGCUUUGGCCACCGUCCCAUUGGUCUCCUAUGUGUCCUCCUUUGUCGCGGCACUGACGCUGAAAUACUUGAACAAAUCCUGCGGCACAAAGAUGUGCUACUUCUUGGGAUCUCUCAUCGGACUGUUCUCCGCGCUGAUCACGCAGUUCGGCGGCAGCAGCGCGGCGAUUAUUUACGUGGUCGCGAUUCUCAUCGGUGCCGGAAGCUCGAUCACAAUGGUCACGGCGUUGAGCGUCACCGCGGAGAUAAUUGGCCCGCGAACCGAACGAAGCGCCGUCGUUUAUUCCGUCGUGACUUUUCUCGACAAAGUCGUCACGGGAUUGGUCGUCAUCUUCAUCGAGAAAUGGAGAUGCACGCAACCGGAAUUGUGCCCGAAUUACAACAGAGACUCCUUGUCGCUGGUCUGCGCCGUUUCCAUGUCCCUGGGUCUCGUCACGUUGCUCUCUGUGUCGCGGUGUUUAACAUAAGCAUAUCUCGAGGAUCCUAUCGUUAUCGCCCUGUAACCGUUGACCCAUUAAGUAACUCGUAUUUUUUGUAUUUGUUUACCGCUUCGUCGUCGAGUGAGAUAAUAAAACUUUUUCAGGAAAAUUAAAA